UUAAUCUGUAAAAAUGAAGAAAGUAGCCAUUGCUCUGUGUCUUCAGGUGAUAAGCCUAUCCCUUUGAUCAUCGGUGGAUCCAACUCUGUAACGGCUCAGAUCCUCUCCAGGGUGCUGGGACCUCUUUCAGUUCCUUUGCUGAGCUACACGGCCAGCUGCCCCUGUCUGAGUGACAGACAACAAUACCCUAACUUCUUCAGGACCAUGGCCAGCGAUGUUUACCAAGCCCGCGCCGUUGCGCAGCUUGCAACCCACUUCAAAUGGACGUGGAUCGGAGCUGUAAUAGCAGAUAAUGAUUACGGUCACAUGGCAGUAAAGGUGUUUCAGGAGAGCAUUCAGGAAAAUAGUGUGUGUCUGGCUUUUGUGGAGACUCUCCAAAGAGAAACAAUAGUAAAUGAUGCCACACGGGCAGCACUCACGAUUCAGGCCUCCACUGCUAAAGUGAUCUUGAUCUUCACCUGGUAUACGGAUGUGAUUGAACUCUUCCAUCAGCUGUCAAACUUGAAUGUGACUGACAGACAGUUUCUGGCCAGCGAGGCUUGGAGUACCAGUGGGGAUCUUCUUCAAGACGUCGCCUCACAUAAAGUGGCGAGAGGUGUUCUUGGUGUGGCCAUUCGGAGUACAGUUUUACCAGGGUUUGACAGCUACAUCAGACGUUUGAGUCCCCUUCUUCGGCCAGAUGAUGAGUUCCUGAAAGAUUUUUGGCAGAAAGAGUUUGGCUGUGAUCCCAAUACAAAUGGGUCCAGUCAGGACGCUUCACUGCCACCCUGCAAAGGAACAGAGACCCUGGAAGAAGUCCAGAAUUUUUUUACUGACACCUCCCAGCUACGUGUUACAUAUAAUGUCUACCUGGCAGUUUACGCAGCAGCUCAUGCACUUCACAGCCUUCUGUCCUGCCCUGAAAGAGGAAACUCUCCCGGAAACACGUCCAGCUGCUCCUUACCAAAAGAAAUCAAACCUUUUGAGCUAAUGCAGCACCUGAGCAAAGUGAAGUUCACCACCCCACAGGAGGAACUCUUUUACUUCCAGGGGGGUGAUAUCACUGCAAAGUAUGACCUUGUGAACUGGCAAAGUACCCCUCAGGGGGGGCUUCAGCUAGUGUUGAUCGGUCGUGUGGAUGGGUUUGACCUGCGCCUCAAUGACACGGCGAUAGAAUGGAGCACAGGAUCUAAUCAGGUGCCUGUCUCGGUGUGCAGUGAAAGCUGUGCACCAGGGACACGGAAGGCCAGCCGGAAAGGAGAACCUAUCUGUUGUUUUGACUGCAUCUCGUGUGCCGAUGGAGAGAUUAGCAACCAAACUGGUUCCCUUCAGUGUGAACACUGUCCAGCUGAGUUCUGGUCGAACACUGAACGCACUGUCUGCAUCCCUCGUCAGCUCGACUUUCUUUCUUUCAACGAGACUUUAGGCAUCACUCUUACGGCCGUGGCUGUUUCCGGGGUCACGGUGACCACAGCUGUGUUUGUGGUGUUCCUGCACCACCGUCAAACUCCUGUGGUGCGCGCUAACAACUCUGAGCUGAGCUUCCUGCUCCUCCUGUCACUGAAGCUCUGCUUCCUCUGCUCGCUGCUCUUCAUCGGUCGGCCGUCAGACUGGGCCUGUCGAUUCCAGCAGGCAGCUUUUGGGAUCAGCUUUGUACUGUGUGUCUCCUGCCUCCAAGUGAAAACCUUUGUGGUUCUGGCAGCGUUCCGCUCAGCCCGUCCCGGUGCUGAGGCUUUAAUGAAGUGGUUCGGUCCAGGUCAGCAGAGAGGAAGUGUGUGCUUUUUCACCAGUAUACAGGUGAUCAUCUGUAUCAUCUGGCUAACGGUCAGCCCUCCCACGCCUCAACCCGACCUGCAGAUCCCAGGGUUAAAGGUCACUCUGAAGUGUGCGAUGGCGUCAGUGGUGGGUUUCUCUCUGGUGCUGGGCUACAUCGGCCUGCUGGGCUGUACAAGCCUCCUCUUGGCCUUUCUUGCCAGGAAGCUCCCUGACAACUUUAAUGAGGCUAAGCUGAUCACAUUCAGCAUGCUGAUUUUCUGUGCUGUCUGGGUGGCUUUUGUCCCCGCCUAUGUCAGCUCUCCUGGAAAAUACGCCGUUGCUGUGGAGGUUUUUGCCAUCCUGGCUUCCAGCUUCGGCUUACUGUUUUGCAUCUUUGCUCCAAAGUGUUUCAUCAUUCUGUUGCGGCCCGAGAAAAACACUAAGAAGCAUCUGAUGGCCAGAUAGUAAAAGGAAAAGUCAUUGUGUGCUGAGAUGUGCCACUGAGUCCUUACUACCAUUUUUAUUGUUAAUAUUGUCUUCAGUAACACUGUUUCUGUCAUAAAAAUGUACGAUAACCCUGUCUGCUGUCAUUUAUUUUCUCAAUUUGUGUUAUUAAAAACAAUUAUGUGA